CCUCUCCUCUCCUCUCCUCUCCGCCUCGCAGAGUCGCAGGGUCGCAGCGGAGGAGACGAGGAGGAGGGCGGCUGCGCGAGCGGAGCCGAAUCGGAAGGGAAGGCCAGGUAUGGAUAGAUACCAAAGGGUGGAGAAGCCUCGCAAUGAGACACCAAUUAGUGAGAAUGAGAUCAGGAUCACCGCACAGGGGAGGAUGAGAAACUAUAUCAGCUAUGGAAUGUCGUUGCUUGAGGAAAAUGGGCACGAUGAUAUUGUUAUCAAGGCUAUGGGAAGAGCAAUUAACAAGACAGUCAUGGUUGUUGAAUUGAUCAAGAGAAGGAUUGGUGGUCUUCAUCAGAUUACAUCUACUGAAUCAGUUGACAUCACAGACACUUGGGAACCUUUGGAAGAAGGCCUUCUCCCCCUAGAGACAACCCGGCAUGUAUCAAUGAUCGCCAUAACAUUAUCCAAGAAAGCACUGGAUACGUCAUCUCCAGGGUACCAGCCACCUAUCCCAGAUGAAGAAGUGAGACCUGCUUUUGACUAUGAACACGAAGAAUCUUUCCCCGCUAGUCGUGGAAGAGGCCGUGGUGGUGGGAGAAGAGGCAGGGGCAGAGCCAUGAGUAAUGGUCCCCCUGCUUAUGAUUAUGGCGAGGAGUGGGAGGAGGAAGGAGAUUAUUACAACUACAGAGGCAGAGGGAGAGGACGGUUUAGAGGAAGAGGACGGGGAAGAGGGCGUGGUGGCUACUAUGGAGGUGGUCGGCGUGGCGGUUAUGGCUAUGACUAUGGCUAUGGCGGCAGGGGGGACUACUAUGAAGAUCAGGGCGAAUUCUUUGAUGAACCGGAAGACUACCCCCCUCCAGGUCGCGGGCGUGGCAGGGGAAGAAGGGGCGGAGGACCGUUCCGUGGUCGCGGCCGUGCGCGUGGCCGAUUCUAAGAUGAAAUCAGGAGGUUGCUCUGAAGCUUUAGCACUGGUGUGCUUAAAUUUAUCAUCUGAUAAUGCUUUCCUGUAUGGGGAUUUCGACAUGAAUCCGUAUGCCCCAUCAGUAUGUUUUUUACUUCCCGUGGCGUGUGACUGAUUGGGCAAAUUUUGUGGCUGGAUCUUGGUUUUUGUAGCUAGGCCUGUCAGCAAAAGCAAACAACAAACGAACACACCUAUAGCGGAGUGUUUUCCUCACCAGCAUGUGGUGCUGUUUUAGUAUUUAUCAACAACCUAGGUUUUCUUC